AAUACAACAUUGAUACAUUUCGUUAACAAGAAGGAUUUUACCUCCGGUCUGUGUUCCGCGGAUCGUUCUUCAACACAGAGUUUUCUAUCCGCCCUCUUCGAUAGCAAUCCUUCGUGUUUAAUUCAAAAAGAGAUUUGCGAUUUCCUCAAUCCAGUCAGGAUGGAGUAUCCAGAUUUUGCCUUUUCAAUGCCAACCUGCUAUCAGCUGGGAAUUCCGAGUGAAAAUGCACCACUCGGUCAACUGCCACCAUAUUACGGUCCACCAAUGACAAUGCCGAUACCUCACCCGUUAUACGACUACAACCUCGAGCCCGCCUUCAUUCGCAAGAGGAACGAAAGAGAACGCAUUCGCGUACGACACGUCAACGAGGGGUACGCGCGUCUUCGUGAGCAUCUUCCCGACGAACCCACAGAUAAACGGAUGUCAAAAGUAGAGACGCUACGGGCUGCUAUUAGGUACAUUAAACACUUGGAAAGCUUACUGGAUGUCGGCAAAGAUGAGAAACAGGAUAAGAAUGCUGCAGAUACAGAGGAGAAAAGACAGAAAUCUAUAGAUGAAGAGAGGUAAAAAGAACACUUAAUCAGUGUCUUUUCGUGCGAUGUCGUGUUCCGUUGUGAAUCUUUACACAAGGCAAUUUCGAUGUACGAUCGUGUCUCUCUGAAUUCUGUGUGUGUCACAGAAAUUGAAAUUAGCGCAUAUGAUUUUAAAUUAAACAGAAGAAUUACUCCAUUAACUCAGGCAAGAGAGAGAUGGUUUUUCUCGCUUGUGAUUUUGCUUCCAUUUUGUUAAUCCAGCAGAGUUAGAGUACAUUUUUACUUUUAAGUGUCUGCUUUGAGAAAACGAGGAAAACAUAGAAACACAGAGUUAAUACAUGAACAGGAAAAUUUUAAAUGACUGUAAAUAACCCUGUAUAGCAUUGCGAAUUUGCAUAAUUUAGUGGAAAAGUGUAUUUAGCGGACAAAAGUUUCUCCGAAAUGCAUUCUUCAGUUCAUUUUAAUAUGCUUCGAGACGUUGUGUAUGAAGGUUAUCUUCACAACAGCGCCAUUAAAAUACACUUUUCGCCUUGA